AUGACUGAUACAUUAGGUGUCGGCUUUGCCGUUCCAGCAGCUGAUAUCGAAUCCAUGGUAACAUUCGAAGAGGAUGUCUGGGUUGGCACAAACAAAGGCCAAAUCAUCCAAACAACAAAAGAUCAAGCGGAGAAUCAUAUUAUUUCAUGGCCAAAUCCCACAACAGGAUUACCUGAUCUAGGAAUUGAAAAAACAUCGAAAGUUAAAAGUCUCUUCGCUCUUUCUACGCCAGGAAAAGAUGCAAAACCAGGUGACAAAGAAGGAGAAAAUCUCGUUAACAUAUUAGUUUCGCACAUCGUCCCAGCUGGAUCUCAGUCUGGUAGAGUUUGCAUUGUUCAAAAAGAAGAGCCAUACCUUACUGAAAUUUACAAAACAGCUAAAUUAAUAGACGCCGUCAAAGUCAAAUCAGAAAAGACUACAUACCCGCUUGUAGUUUCAGACGGUCCAAAGAUUUUUAUUUUCAAAUAUGAGCAAGGAAAAUUAGUUCUUCACAGUUCAAGCUACACAGCAGAAGCAGAGAUCACAGCUCUCUCAAUUAACCAUGUCGGUGUUGCUUUCUAUGCAGGAAGCAAGUAUUGCUAUACAUUAUUCAAGAAUUUCGGUACAGUCUCUAUAGUUACGACCUCAUUUGUCCUCAAGCCACUCAUUAUUCCCUUCGACCAAGCCUCUUUCAUCUACUGCUUGCCAGGAAACUUCAUGAUCAAAUCAGAAACUCAAGUUUCUCAACAAUUUGUAUAUAACAGAGGUGUUGCAAAUGCUCAGAACGAACGUCCAGACUUCAUGGUCAUCUACCAAGAGAAAUUGAUGAACUUUUACCCAGCAAUGAUGUUAUCUGCCCGUAUUACAUACAAACAUCAAGAGAAUUUCUCGAUGAAACCAAUCGGACAUGUCAGAAUUAUCGCUAGCCAUGGCGAAUCCCUCUAUCUUGUCACAGAUGCAGAAGUUAGGAAAUAUGGUGGUCAAACAAAAGGUACAGAGUGCGGUUUCAAGGUCAAAAAUCAGAAUAUCGAUGCCGGUAUGAACAUGUUCAACGCUCUUCCAAAGGAAACUCAGCCACAAGAGUUAAUUGACUUCUUUAAGUGCCUUUGGAAGGAAGGAAUGUGCAAAGAGGCCCUUAAUAUCCUUACCCUUGUCAUGUGGCCCCAUGAUAUCAGAGAAGUUCUUUCUCUUUUCUCUCCAGUUUACAUCGAAUUGCCAACAAAGCUCGAAGCUCGUAUUCUGCUCCAGGGAACUAAGACUAUUACAGCAGAGAAGCUCAAUAAGGACGUCAAACAAGCCCUAGGUAACUUCCUUGAAUUUACUCGUAACGCAUACUCCGAUUCCAACAAUUCUUCGUUGACAUCUCAGUUGCUUACAAUCGACUCGUGCUUAUUCCAGUUCUACGCGCUCAACCAUUUAACCCGCCACCUCGAUAAGUUCCUUAUGUCCUCUCCAACUUACGAUAUGCAGCUUAUCGCAAGGUUCUUGAACGAGAAAGUCAAGAAACUCCACUUGCACCCUGCAUUCGCCAUCUACCAAGCAGCUGUUUGCUCAAAAGAUAAUAAUAAUGGUGUCAAAACCGCCAUGAAAGUCUGGGAACAGCUCAACGAAGCAGAUAAAAAAUCCGUGAGAUGGUCUGAAGAAGCUUCAUACACAAUCAGGCGCAUUAAACCAGCAAAUGGCUACAAUGACCCAGAAAACAUCUACAAACGCUCCCAAUUAGACUGGAUCCUUGCCAAAUCCCCGAGAUCCGCCGUCAACGCCUUCAUGUACUCCUCAGUUAGGCAAGACGAGCACGAUUUCUUCGAAUCCUGGGUCAAAGGUGUUGCUCCUCGCUACCAGACAGGUCUCAGACUGAAGUACUACAUGUACAUAACCUCAGCCGAGGCAGAGAAGUCAUCUUCAGUCAACGCAGACUAUAAAACAGGCAUCGAGCAUUUUAUUGACUUUUUGUUGAAGCUUGACAACCAACCAGAGAACGCCAUGGAGAAGUACAAUGUCGAUGAUCCACAGUCCAUCACGAAAUAUGACCUAAUUUUCUAUGAUGACGAAUGUGAAAUGGUCGACACCCCUUCAAGCGAAGAAGAGAUCAUGCAAGCGAAGGAGAAAACCAUAGAGAAGAUCCAGGAGCUCACAGAAGCCUUCAUUGCCGAGUCAAUGAAACCGGAUGUUGUCAAAGAGAAAGAUUUGAUGAAAAGAAAGGCUCUCGUUGAAGACAGGAUGAAAGAGAAGCGAAACAUGUUGGUCAAUUCACUCAGAGACAUGUUGACACGCUUAAAUCCAAGAUACAUCACGAAAUUAACACCGGAAUUCGAGAUUCCUCAACCGGAUUACACUCUCCCAUACGCAAGAAGCGAACCCCUCCUUCUCUUCUUCUUCCAGAAGGCUGAAUUAUACGCUCAUGGCGCGAAUCAGCUCAUUUCCACCGUCGGAGCCUUUGCUCGAGGUGCUGUUGAGCAGUUCUGCCGUGGUGCGCCAUCCCCUGAAGUCGCCUUCAUGGUCUGUCUCCAAAAGAUCAUGAAUCCUUUGUUAUUCAUCGAAUUGAUACCUCGAAGUGACGAUCCACAGCAAAGCGCCAUCCAGCAGAGGGACAGAAAGAAGUCUCUCGAGGCAGGAGCUCUCCACGUCAACGAGGCACACAUGAGGGAAGGCUCUGAAUACAUGAACUUGCUCAUGGACAACUUGGAAUGGAUCGAUGUCGCACAAUUGAUUCACAGAGAACCAUCUGAGGACACAGUUCUUCCUGUCAAAGUUCCAAAGGCAUACGAGAACGCGUCGAAGCUCCCGAGCGAACUCUUCAACCCUCAGUUGGAUCCACUCAGAUACUACGAGGACAAGUUCAUCGACUUGAUUCCUGACGACGGAGAUAUGGAAUUGUACGGACCAGUACUAAGGAGAGCUUCAGCUGUUUUGCUCGAGAAGGAGAGACUAACAAGAAUUAAGUUGGAUGUCGUAAGAAAUCUCGAGUUGGAUGCAGCGUACAGACUUGUUUUGGCACAGAAGAGAAACUGCGAGAUACAGCACUCUACUCUCUGCAAGACAUGCGGAAGACAGGUAGGAAAUGGCUGGCUAUCAAUAUCUCCAACAAACGAGGUCUACCAUAUUGCUUGUGUGAAGAAAGAAGACCAGAAGAAUGACGCUCAGCCAAUGUAUCUCUAA